AUGGCAUCUAUCUUUACCUAUGACCCGGACCCGCCACGGGUUUCGUCUCCGUGGUCAACCUCGGGAUCCUCGACUCCUCAAAUUACCCCGAGUGGCAAGAGUGGCCUGGUGAAUCGGAUGCACCCGAACUCAGCUCUUGAUCGUGCUGAUCGUGCUGACCCAGACUUCUUGUCCGACUAUGGCAUUACCAAGCUCGAGCCGGAGCCCCAGGAGGGGCCGACAGAGUACAAGGUGCACCUGCUACUUCGCCCGCGCCGCCCUUAUCUUUCCAUGUCAACUGGCCAUGUAGUCGCUGGGUCGUAUCACUCCCGUGCAGGCAUGACUUCGGCAUCGUACUCGCCAACGAAUCCCCAGGACGCAACCCCGAAGCCGAUGCAGGCGAAAUCCUUGCAGAGCCGCCAGCAACGGCUGCAAGGACUGACUACGCAACUGCUGUGGCGCUUGCAGCAGUCAUCACCAUUUCAUUCCUCAACGACGGCGAGUCUAGUUGUCCCUGUGCUUCCCGAUACAGCCCCUCAAUUGGGUGUGCCUCCGAAACCCGUACGGCUGCUCCCUGGCCUGGAAGAAAGUCAAGGCGCCCUGUACGAAAUUGGCGUGUCUGACGAUGGUACAUUUGUAGGACUCACCCAAGAUGAACUCGAUGAAAGUGUCACCAAUCUCCAGGCUAUGGCCGCGAGUUUGGGGUGCAAAGUUGAGAUUCUUCGUCGGGUCAUAGUUGGCAAAUGCGAAUGGACCGAGAACUUCACCGUACCAGCACAGCCAGACCAAAGCAAAUGCCAAUCUGAAAGUCUGUGGGUCGCAGAGGCUCUGGUAUCUCCAGACUUGGAUUACUAUAAUCUUUCGCCAUCCCGAACCAAGCAGAGUGUCGGUGACGACUCACAGGAAGACAUAGGCAACGGUCCCGAAUCAGAAGAAGAUUCGUCUCAAACAGAGCAAAUACGAAUCUCAAUUACCGGUCCAAGUACUGCUGGAAAAUCCUCUUUGCUGGGCGCUCUGACUUCUUCAUCGCUUGAUAACGGCCGAGGCAAGAGCAGACUGAGCCUUCUUAAACAUCGACACGAGAUUUCGUCCGGGAUCACCAGCUCUGUCGCACAAGAACUGAUUGGCUAUACUGCUGAUCUGCCUCCCACAGUCGUCAACUAUGCCUCUGGAAAUGUGGCGGCAUGGGAUGAUAUUCAUGCCACGUCGCGUGGGGGUCGCUUGGCCUUCGUGUCGGAUCUCCCAGGCUCUGUUCGAUAUCUGAAAUCUACCCUCCGAGGCCUCAUUAGUUGGGCUCCACAUUAUGUUUUGCUUUGCAUUCCCGCCAAUUGUGGCGAUGAGAUGUCAGAGGCCGAAGUAGGUGCUGAGCAUCCUGCUGAAAUCGAUCUUUGUUUGGCGUAUCUGGACCUUUGCCUGAAACUGGAAGUGCCGGUUCUGAUCACCAUUACUAAACUUGAUGUGGCUUCGCGAGGAGGAUUGCGAGAGAAUCUUGCGAAAGUCCUGUCGGCACUCAAGGCAGCUGGCCGCACACCUGCAAUGCUGCCUGCGACAGGGGACAAGUCGCUUGAUCUUCAACAAAUAAGUGCCUCUGAUGGCACUGAAGUACAAACCGUCAUCACGGCCGCCCAGGGGAAAUUGUCUCAUGCAGUUCCCAUUAUUCUCUCUAGUGCUGUCGAUGGAACGGGCAUCGGCAAGCUACAUGGCUUUUUGCGAUACUUGCCCAUUCCUCCGCGCCUACCCCAAAUGGAUCUGAAGAUCCCGAAAUCCAUCAAUCAGAGCGAUCAUAUCCCGGCGAAUGUUUUCAAUGUGGACGAGGUCUUCGCUAUUCCACCGUCCAAAGUAUACUCUAUGUCAGAUGACAAGGAGAGCCGCGAGAGACGUGGCAUGGUUCUGUGCGGCCUUGUUCGUCACGGCAACAUUGCCAUUGGGGAUGAAUUGGCAAUUGGGCCAAUUCUAGUGGACACCUCCACUGACAGCGGUAACGACCCGGCUCCGUUGAGCCUGCUCUCUCGUAGCAGCGGGCCAGGACCCUCACACGAGUUCCCGGCGUCCUUUCUGCAAGGCAUUCUAUCAGGGAAAGACGCGACCUCGACUCAAGCGAAAUGGCAGCGUGUCCGUGUCGUCAGCGUUCGCAAUCUCCGACUCCCAGUCCGCCGCCUGAAACGAGACCAAGUGGGCACAAUCGGAAUCCAGCUCAUUGUCUCUCCCGACAAGAGCCGACUCCCUCGUUUCAAUCGUGUUCGAAAGGGCAUGGUCUUGACAGACCUGCACACAUCACUGGAACCAACAACUUCACUGUCAUCAACACUUUCUUUGCCUUUCCACAACGGUUUCACGGCCACAUUCUCGGCCUCGGAGUUCUCGGCGCCGAACUCACCUCCCCUCUUACUCGGGAGCAAUGCCAUUGCCUACAUCGCGAACAUCCGGACAACGGUCCGAGUAGUGUGCAUGACGCUCGCAGAUACAGACGACGAACCCGCGUCUCCGUCACCAUCACCUUCACCGACAGAGCCGGAAUUUUUCAGCUUCGACGGCGACGUCCAAGGUUCACCUGAGUGUGAACGAUCUUUUAAUGGGUUGAAUACAUCUCUCAGACCGGGGCUUUCUGCAACGGAUUCGACUGCAGAGUCGCUCAAAGAAGAUGUGAAAAUCACGUUUGCUCUCGCGACAUCCGUGGAGUGGGUCGAGUUAGGGUCUCAGGUACUUGUUAUGCCGGGUAUAUCGAUAACAGGCUCGUCUGGGGUUGCCGUGGCGCCUGCAUCCGGAAAUGCUGAUGUCUCUGCUGAUCCUGCAUUCGGGCCGGUAUCGAUGUCUGGGUUGGAGGGGUUUGUGGGAAGGGUAUGCGAGGUCAUUCCUGGGAUGGUUGGUGGGAGCAAGAGCGAGACUUGA